ACAUGCGUCGGGCGGUGGCGGGAUUUGUCCGCGAGCGCUUUCCCGCUCCCGCCCGCCCAGCGCUCAGCGCGCUUGGGGCCUCCCGUCGGGCUUCACCCACUCGCCCUGGCUGGCUCCCCGGCGGCUCCGCAUGUCCCACGUCCCUCCUCCCCAGUUUCUUCUAGAGCCCAGGCCCCGCCCGUUUCCCGCCUCCUGGGCCUGGUUCGUUCGCGUCCCAGCCCGCCCCUCUCUAAGCCCCUGCUGCUUCUGCUGAAGGCGGAGGCUCCAUGUUGUCCCCUCAGCGAGCGGUAGCGGCUGCCUCGGGAGGAGCAGGUGAUGCCAUGGAGGGUGGAAAGCCUGGUCCAGUGCAGAUUGUUUUGGUUCAGAAAGACCAACAUUCCUUUGAGCUAGAAGAGAAAGCCUUGGCCAGCGUCCUCUUGCAGGACCACAUCCGAGACCUUGAUGUGGUGGUGGUGUCAGUGGCUGGUGCUUUCCGGAAGGGCAAGUCCUUCAUUCUGGACUUUAUGCUCCGAUACUUGUAUUCUCAGAAGGAAGGUGGCCAUUCAAAUUGGUUGGGUGACCCAGAAGAACCAUUAACAGGAUUUUCAUGGAGAGGGGGCUCUGACCCAGAAACCACUGGGAUUCAGAUCUGGAAUGAAGUUUUUACUAUGGAGAAGCCAGGUGGGAAGAAGGUUGCAGUUGUUCUGAUGGAUACCCAGGGGGCAUUUGACAGCCAGUCCACUGUGAAAGAUUGUGCUACCAUUUUUGCUCUAAGCACCAUGACCAGUUCUGUUCAGAUUUAUAAUUUGUCCCAGAACAUUCAGGAAGACGAUCUUCAACAGCUACAGCUCUUCACAGAAUAUGGUCGCCUGGCAAUGGAUGAGAUUUUCCAGAAACCCUUCCAGACACUGAUGUUUUUGGUUCGAGACUGGAGCUUCCCUUAUGAAUACAACUAUGGGCUACAGGGAGGAAUGUCAUUUUUGGAAAAGCGUCUACAGGUGAAAGAACAUCAACAUGAAGAAAUUCAGAAUGUCCGAAAUCACAUUCACUCAUGUUUCUCCAACGUCACCUGUUUCCUCCUGCCACAUCCAGGACUACAGGUGGCCACAAGCCCUGAGUUUGAUGGGAAAUUGAAAGAUAUUGCCGGUGAAUUCAAAGAGCAGUUACAGAUCCUGAUCCCGUAUGUAUUAAACCCAGCGAACUUAAUGGAAAAGGAGAUCAAUGGCUCAAAAGUCACCUGUCGGGGGCUGCUGGAGUAUUUUAAGGCAUAUAUUAAAAUUUACCAAGGAGAAGAUCUGCCUCACCCAAAAUCCAUGCUUCAGGCCACUGCGGAAGCCAACAAUUUAGCAGCCGCAGCCUCUGCGAAGGACGUUUAUUAUAACAACAUGGAAGAGGUUUGUGGGGGAGAGAAACCUUACUUGUCUCCAGACAUUCUAGAAGAGAAACACUGUGAAUUCAGACAACGGGCUCUGGACCAUUUUAAGAAGACCAAGAAGAUGGGUGGGAAGGAUUUUAGCCUUCGUUACCAGCAGGAGCUGGAGGAGGAGAUCAAGGAACUCUAUGAGAACUUCUGCAAGCAUAAUGGUAGCAAGAACAUCUUCAGCACCUUCCGAACCCCCGCGGUGCUCUUCACGGGCAUCGUGGCUUUGUACAUAGCCUCGGGCCUCACUGGCUUUAUCGGGCUGGAGGUUGUGGCCCAGCUGUUCAACUGUAUAGUUGGAUUGCUAUUAAUAGCGCUUCUCACCUGGGGGUACAUCAGGUACUCCGGCCAGUAUCGUGAGCUGGGCGGAGCUAUCGAUGCUGGCGCAGCGUAUGUAUUAGAGCAGGCUACUUCUCAUGUUGGUAAUUCCACUCAGGCUGCCGUGAGGGAUGCAAUUGCUGGGAGAUCCCCGGUGGAUAAAAAAACUCAAUAGCAUCUUAACAAGAGGAUCCAACAAGAAUCCCUGACCAGUCGCUACCAAUCUCUGGGUUUCUGCCAUGACCACAGGUCCAGGUCCGGAGGAAUGCAGAUCUGGGACCGUCUGGGAAGAGCUGGAACACAGCACUAGUAAAUGAACAGACCUUUCCUGUGGUUUCAAAUUCUUAAACACACUUCCAUUUCUGGUGGAAGCAUUUCUUUUCCUUGCUGAUGAUGUAGAUCCAAGCCUGUGUCUGUUUUCUUAUUACUCUCUGCUUUGUGCACUUUAUGGGGGGAAAGCUAAAGGAAAAAACGGGAAUGUGGAUUUAAGUCGUUUAUGUGCCACUUAGUGCCUUUUAAGAUUGAGUCCGUGCGUUUGCCAACAUGAGAGGGAGGGACUGGACAGCCUCAUGAAAGAUGCUGUUUGGGGUGAAAUUUGUCAGUUCUUUUAUACCUUACUCUGUUGAAAAGGAUUCCUUUUUUUAAAAGUUUACAAAAUUUGCAAAAGCUUCAGAACUAAAGACUGAAAAUGAUGUCAUUACACUUUUAAAAUCUUAUGUUAGAGAAUCCCAUUUACCACAGUUUUGUUGGAACAAUUUUUUUUUUGUGCUUUUAUUUUCCCAUAGCUUCUUUCCAGAAAAGAGCAAACAUGCCUUCGAAAGCCAGAGUGGCUCAUAAUAAAAGGAAUGAGCUUGAAAAUUUAAGAAAAAAGCUUGUGUUUAAACAAACCAUGUGACCUCUGAUAAGUCACUUGAACUUGUGCCUUGGUCAGAUUCACUGUUUGUUGGUUUACAUGCAUAUAUUAUACACAACUCACACACAAUUGUCACUGAGGUUUUGUUUUUGAGAGUCCUGCAUAAGAACAGAACUUUAUUACGAAUUAAAGGAAAGACAUUACCAAGCAUUACUACCUUUAUUUAAUGUCCAGUGUCACGUGGCUUAGCAGUAAAUCAGGUCUUUAUUCAAAAUGUUUAUUUGCAUUGUCCUAUGCACUAAUAUUUUUAAUAAUGAAACUAAAACUAUGUGUCUUAUUUAGUGAGCCUUCCUUUAUUUAACUUGACUUGACCUGUCUGGUAGCUUUAAAAUAUAGCUUUGGUUUAGUAAGGACCAAAGACCCACCCAAAUAUGGACAAUAUCUAGAAGUAUCUAAGAGUUCUUUUUUAUUUAUCUUGAUUGUGUGAUAAAAAAAUUUUAUCUGUUGGUUGCCUUUUCCUUUGAUUUAUAAUGAGGAAUUAUUGUGGAUUUUAAAACUUCUUAAAAUUUGCCUGCAAGUAUUUAUAUAAACAUUUGGGUAUGUGAGCCUUAAUUCUUAAGAUAAUUUUUGUUGUAGGAGGGAUAUAGGAAGGCUUAGGCAAAAUCUGAAUAAAUUGUGUAUAUAUGAAGUAUGAAUGGAAUGUGGAAAAAAGAAAGUCUCUUCUAGCAUGUAAACUCUAUCAAAGAAUUUUUUUUAUAAGUCCUGAAUUAAUUCCAAGGAUUUUGUGUUGUUUUCAUAUUUACAUACCAUCUUGCCCUGAAGUUCUUGCUAUAUUAUUUACUUGCUGUUAAAUUUUAGAAAAAUUUUAAAUUGUUAUAAAAUCUAUUUACUUGUAGAUUGUGAUGCUAGCUUUGACUGUUAAGUUGAAAGCUUAAUUUUGAAAAUUGAGUGGCAUUUUCAGGUGGCCUCUCAUCUUCCUGAAGGUUCAUACUUAUUAGCUAACGGCCUUAUAGAUGUUAAUUAAAAACAAACAAACCAGAAAAUCACUAGAGUUCAGAUUGAUAAUAUCAGUGUGCUGGAUGAUGUUUUGCCAGAACGAAAUUGCUCAAGUUGGGUUUAUUUUUUUAUUUUAUUUUUAUUUUUUUCCUUUUUAUUGUUAGUUUCAGGUGUACAGAACAAUGCAAUAGUUAUCUUUUUCACCCUCACAAAGUAACAACCCCCUUCUCCCCAUUUAUUGCCCUCCUCCCCUGAUAUCAUGCUUAUCU